ACUUAGACGCUCGGCCGCUAUCAGUCCGCUCCCGACCGGUGUACCUGCCGCAUUGUUGUCUCUAUUAUAAAAAUAUACCCACACCAACCGACCCACGUGUCGCCGAGUACACCUCCUUUUUUCUUCACGCUUCUCUAUACAGUCAGUUUUCGAUUCAGUAUCGUACCGGCAGUCGCACCGUACACACGUACACCUCUCUUCUGAACUCUUGUGAACAUUAGUAACAUUUGUAUAUUACGAUACAAUCGAGGAUACUCUCUCAACGAAAAACAAAAGUGACGAAUCAGUGAUUUAAAAAUAUAAACUACCAACGACAGCCCAUACACCAAAUCGAUUAUCGAUCGAUAUACUUCUCUAAACGUUGUUUGUUGUUUAAAUCGUUCGCCUACAAUCACGGAUCCCGCAAGGAGCGCAUCGACUUUUUCUCUGGCCUUUAAGGAACAUCAUGUCCCACGACAACUAUGGCUUCACGGGCAGUAUGGUUACUGUUGAUGUAAACAAAACAAAGAGUACCAGUGCCAACGCCAACCUCAACGCCAACGUCGCCAACGCAGCCAGUAACAACAAAUAUCCAACGAAGGACGGUGCAAAUAAUGGUUUCUACGUCGUCGAGCUCGAGGACAAGGGUAAGCUCGCCAAGGAAGAUGCCGAGAGCUACGAGCCUUACCUUCACCGGGAGGUGCAGCACCCCACGACAUUCUGGGAGACUCUGCUGCAUCUCAUGAAGGGCAGCCUGGGCACGGGUAUUCUGGCGAUGCCCCACGCCUUCAAGAACUCCGGCUGGGUGGUGGGCAUCAUCGGCACCAUCAUCGUCGGCCUGCUCUGCACCUACUGCAUCAGGCUGCUGCUCAACGCCCAUUACGAGCUGUGCAAGAGGCGCCAGGUGCCCUCGAUGACGUACCCAAGGACGAUGCAGGUGGCCCUCGAGGAGGGACCGACCUGUUUGCGGGGCUUCGCCAAAUAUUGCCCGCACGUGACGAACGCGUUCCUAUUGAUUUACCAGUUGGGUACCUGCUGCGUAUACACUGUAUUCAUCGCGGUCAAUCUGAGCGAGGUGAUCAACCAUUACACCGCGCCCUACGUGGUCAAUCAGAAGUACAUCAUGCUGGCCACGCUGCUGCCGCUGAUCCUCAUCAACUGGGUGAGGAAUCUCAAGCUGCUCGUGCCGCUGUCCACCAUCGCCAACGUCAUCACCCUGGGCAGUUUUGGUAUCAUCCUCUACUUCCUCUUCAAUCGAGGCUUCUCGUUCGAGGGUGCCGUGGCCGUGGGCGAAUUUGGAAAUUUCCCCCUGUUCCUGGGAACCGUCCUGUUCUCGCUCGAGGCCAUAGGCGUCAUCAUGCCCCUCGAGAACGAGAUGAAGAAGCCCAAGAAAUUCAUGACGCCCUUCGGUGUGCUCAACAUCGGUAUGGCCAUCAACGUCAUUCUGUACGUUGGUAUGGGCUUCUUUGGAUACAUCAGAUACGGUGACAAGGUGGAGGGAUCCAUCACCACCAAUCUCAGCAAGUCGCUGGUGCCCCAGUCCGCGGAGGUCUAUUUGGCCCAGGCCGUACAGGUCAUGCUGGCCAUCGCCAUCUUCGUCACCCACUCGCUCCAGUGCUACGUCGCCAUCGACAUCUCCUGGAACGAGUACAUCCAGCCGAAAUUGAGCCACUACUCCGAGAGGGCCCAGCUCUACCGAGAGUACGCAGUGAGAACCGCCAUCGUCAUCUUCACCUUCAUCGUCGCCGUGAUCGUGCCGGAGCUCGACCUGUUCAUCUCUCUGUUUGGUGCCCUGUGUCUGUCGGCCCUCGGCCUCUCGUUCCCCGCCCUCAUGCAGACCUGCACGUUCUGGAAGACGGCGUCGAGGCGGACCCGCGCCUUCAUGUUGGCCAAGAACGGCUCUCUCAUCUGCUUCGGCGUGCUCGCCCUCUUCAUCGGUACGUCGACGAGCAUCAGCAAAAUCGUCGAGAAGUUUGGAGAGACGCCGGCGACAGGCGCUCAUUGAGCAGUAUGUGUGCUUGUUGGUACAUUCAACGACGAGGAGGAAGAAAUGCGCCGCCGCUGUUACGUGAUCGAUCUCGCGCAUCAUAGAGAUCGAUCGAUCGUUGUGGCAGGUAGUCGUCUUCUUCUCCUUCCCUUAGCAAUUAAGUUUUUCCCCUUAGCGAUUAAGUUUUUUUUAUCAUUUUAAUUUUUUUUUUUUAAUUCAUUAUGGAUAAACAUAAUGCCGUGCGCAUUUACAAAGGUAAAUUUCAUAUAAAAAAAAAAGAAGUAAAGAGUUGCCCCGGGCAACAGCGUUCAUCAUAUAGACAGUAAGAAGCUUAGAAUAUAAGUAAUAAUCAUGUGUGGGAGGCCGUUAGAAAAAAAUCUUUUUUUCUUCUCGGUGUGGCAGUAUUUACCGCUUAUCGUCGCUGCUCUCGCGUGCAUCAUUGCUAAUAUGAGCGCAAGAGCAAAUGCGUACAACUAGUCUAUAAUCAGUCGGCAAGUUGAGAAGAGUUGAUCUUUGGGAUCAGUUUUCAAACUCAUUCUGACGAAUGCGCAUUUCCAUACACAUUAAUAUAUACAUUUAGAGAUAUAUAUAUACAUUAUACAUUUUAUUUAUAAUUUACAUACACAAUAUACAUAUACGUUAAGAUUUAGACAUUAGACAUUUAUCUGUGUAUUAUAAAACUUAAUUUCUAAAAAAACUAAGAGUCAUAUAAUACAAAGGAAGUUCGACACGUAUUAAAGUAAAUACUCGCGAUUAUUAGUUUUUAGUUGAUGUUUCGCCUCUGAGGUGUAGCUCCUAUUAUAUAUUAUUUUGAUGUAGAAUCAGUGAGAAAACGCAUUGAAACGUGCGACCGUCGUUGUAAACAAAACAAAACAAAACAAAAAAGAGAAAAGGGUACGAUUAAAAUUGAAAUUGCGCGCGCGCAUCGCAACACGAUGA